AGAUCUUAUUCACACAGUAGACUCUGAAGUGAUAGCAUCAAAAAAUGUCUGGACGUGGCAAAGGUGGAAAAACGAAGGGAAAGGCGAAGACCAGGUCGUCCCGUGCGGGUCUUCAAUUCCCGGUCGGAAGAAUCCAUCGUCUUCUAAGGAAAGGCAAUUACUCAGAGAGAGUCGGAGCUGGCGCACCCGUCUACUUAGCUGCCGUCAUGGAAUAUCUGGCCGCUGAAGUUCUCGAAUUGGCAGGCAACGCCGCACGUGACAACAAGAAGACCAGGAUCAUUCCUCGUCACCUUCAGUUGGCCAUCAGGAAUGACGAAGAGUUGAAUAAACUUCUCUCUGGAGUCACUAUCGCCCAGGGUGGUGUCCUUCCCAACAUCCAAGCCGUCCUUCUCCCAAAAAAGACCGAGAAGAGCGCUUAAGCUGUUUUUUGCCACCGUUUUCAACGGCCCUUUUCAGGGCCACCA